CGGCCGCGCGGCGCCACUGGGGAAGGAACCGCGCGCGCGAACGGAUUAACAGCGCACUCCCCCAGCCACGCACGCACGUCAGACAAAGCAAGCUCCGCCAUGCCCGUCAAAGUGCCGGCCAUCGGCAUCGACCUCGGCACCACCUACUCGUGCGUGGGCGUGUGGCAGCACGGCAAGGUGGAGAUCAUCGCCAACGACAUGGGCAACCGCACCACGCCCAGCUACGUCGCCUUCACGGACGCCGAGCGCCUCAUCGGCGACGCGGCCAAGAACCAGGUGGCGGUGAACCCCAGCAACACGGUGUUCGACGUCAAGCGGCUCAUCGGCCGGCGCUUCGACGACCCCAAGGUGCAAGAGGACCUGCGCAACUGGCCCUUCAUCGUGGCCGACGCCGACGGCAAGCCCAAGGUGCAGGUCGAGUACAAGUUCGCCACCAAGACGUUCGCGCCCGAGGAGCUCAGCUCCAUGGUGCUGGCCAAGAUGAAGGAAACGGCAGAAGCCUACUUGGGCGCUAAGGUCCGCGACGCCGUCAUCACGGUGCCGGCCUACUUCAACGACGCGCAGCGCCAGGCCACGAAGGACGCCGGCGCCAUCGCGGGCCUCAACGUGCUGCGCAUCCUCAACGAGCCGACGGCCGGCGCGCUGGCCUACGGGCUGGACAAGAACCUGCAGGGCGAGAAGACCAUCCUGGUGUUCGACCUGGGCGGCGGCACCUUCGACGUGUCCGUGCUGAGCGUGGCCGAGGGCUCGCUCUUCGAGGUGCGGGCGACGGCCGGCGACACGCACCUGGGCGGCGAGGACUUCGACACGCGCCUCGUCGCCCACCUCGCCGACGAGUUCCGGCGCAAGCACGGCAAGGACGUGCGCAAGCACGCGCGCGCCCUGCGCCGACUGCGCACCGCCGCCGAGCGCGCCAAGCGCACGCUCUCCUCCAGCACAGAGGCCGGCGUCGAGGUGGACGCCCUGCUCGACGGCGUCGACUUCUACACCAAGGUGACGCGCGCGCGCUUCGAGCAGCUCUGCGACGACCUCUUCCGCUCCACGCUCGACCCCGUGCGCAAGGCGCUCCUCGACGCCAAGGUGGCCAAGGCGGACAUCGACGAGGUGCUGCUGGUGGGCGGCAGCACGCGCAUCCCCAAGAUCCAGCGCCUGCUGCAAGACUUCUUCCACGGCAAGGCGCUCAACCUGUCCAUCAACCCGGACGAGGCGGUGGCGUACGGCGCCGCCGUGCAGGCGGCCGUGCUCAGCGGCGACACCAGCCGCCAGAUCGCCGACCUGCUGCUAGUGGACGUGGCGCCGCUGUCGCUGGGCAUCGAGACGGCCGGCGGCGUCAUGAACAACAUCGUCCACCGCAACACGCGCAUCCCGUGCAAGCAGACGCAGACCUUCACCACCUACCACGACAACCAGACCGCCGUCACCAUCCAGGUGUUCGAAGGGGAGCGCGCCAUGACGCGCAACAACAACCUGCUCGGCACGUUCGACCUGACGGGGCUGUCGGCAGCGCCGCGCGGCGUGCCCAAGAUCGACGUGACGUUCGACCUGGACGCCGACGGCAUCCUCAACGUGUCGGCGACGGACGCCAGCUCGGGGCGGCGGCGCGCCGUCACCAUCCGCAACGAGCGCGGCCGCCUCUCCAGCGACGACAUCGAGCGCAUGCUGGCCGACGCGGAGCGCUACCGCGGCGAGGACGAGCGCUGCCGCGAGCGCGUCGCCGCGCGCAACCGCGUCGAGGGGUGAGCGC